GGGGGCGGGCAGGCCGACGUGAGUGGAGCUGAGCAAGAUGGCGGCGCGGGUGAUGCGGAGGGUGCAGGCGGUUCAUCUUGAGUCUGACGCUUUCCUGGUUUGUCUCAACCACGCUCUGAGCACAGAGAAAGAGGAGGUGAUGGGUCUGUGUAUAGGGGAGUUGAAUGAAGGCGCGAGGAGUGUCUCCAGACUCGCACACGCUGGCCCUGAAAUGGGCGCGGUUGCCCAAACGGUGGAUGCCCCCGCCAGGGUUGUUCACAUCCACUCUGUCAUUAUCUUGCGGCGUUCGGACAAGACCAAGGACCGAGUAGAAAUUUCUCCAGAGCAGCUGUCCGCAGCCUCCAUCGAGGCAGAAAGGUCAGCCGAACAAACAGGUCGUCCCCUGCGAGUUGUUGGCUGGUAUCAUUCCCACCCUCAUAUAACCGUUUGGCCUUCCCAUGUGGAUAUCCGUACACAAGCCAUGUACCAGAUGAUGGAUCAAGGCUUCGUAGGACUGAUUUUUGCUUGUUUCAUAGAAGACAAAACCACAAAGACUGGUCGGGUACUCUACACUUGCUUCCAAUCUGUGCAAGACCCAAAGAGCUCAGAAUAUGAGAGACUUGAAAUCCCAAUCCAUAUUGUACCUCAUACCACCAUCGGGAAAGUAUGCCUCAAAUCAGCCAUAGAGCUGCCGAGGAUCCUGUGCCAGGAAGAACAAGACGCAUAUCGGAGGAUUCACAGACUUACACAUCUGGACUCAGUAACCAAGAUCCAUAAUGGCUCGGUCUUCACCAAGCAUCUGUGCAGUCAGAUGUCCACAGUCAGUGGGCCCCUACUGCAGUGGUUGGAAAACAGACUAGAGCAAAAUCAGCAGCGUUUGCAGGAGUUGGAACAAGAAAAGGAAGGCCUUAUGGAAGAGCUGUCUUCCCUAGAAUAAAUCGGGAGGACAGAAAUGGGUGGAUGAAAAUACUUGGCAUACAAUUUAUAAGCUAAAUUAAUUUCAAAGAAGAUAAAGUUGGAGGACUCACAUUAUAUAACUUCAAGACUUCUUAUAAAGUUGCGGUAAUGAAGAUACUGUGGUAUUCAUGGAAGUCUAGACAUAUAAAUCAAAGGAACAGAAAAGAAAACCCAGAAAUAAACCCUCGAUUGUAUGCCUGACUAAUUUUGACAAAGUACAAAAGUGUUUCAAGGAAUAAAGGGCAGUCAUUUUGGCAAAUUGAACUUCUACAGGCCAACAAAAUAAAUUCUAACAGUACCUCAAAAAUGUUUCAUGGAUUUAAUGUAAGACAGAGACCUUUUAGAAAAAUAUCAUAUGAGAAAAAUCUUCAGGAGACAUGUUUUUAAACUUCAGCCCAAAAGGACAAUCUGGAAGAACACAAAGUAGACAUAUUGGACUUCACCAAAAUUUAAACUUUAUUUUGUAAAGAAAGAAAAAAAUGAAAAAGAAAGAAAAUAAGAAGAUAAGAAAUUACUUGCAACCCUUGUAGUAUCUAAUACCUGAUAAAUAUGGAAAAAUGAAAUAUGAUUAAAACUCAAAAAUAAACCACCCUAGUAGGAAAUAAAUAGAUCUUUUCACCAAAGAGGAUAUAUAGAUGGCAGGUAAUGUUCUGAAAACAUGUUGAACUUCAUAUGUCCUUGAGGAAUGCAAAUUAAAACUAGAAUGUGGUGUGACAUCCACUUAAGAGGUUUGCUAAAGAGACAAUAGCAAAAAUACCAAAUAUUGUUAUGGAUGGAAAGUAUAUUUCUCAUACACCAACGACAAGGGUGUCAAAUACAGCUAUGCUGUAGAAGAAUUUGGAAGUGUUUUAUAAAGUUAACUGUACACUUAACAUGUGACCCAGCAAUUGCACUGCCUGGGCACAAAAACUUUGACAGAACAUUUCAUAGCAGCUUUAUUUGAGAUAGCCUCAAAUGAGAAACAACCCAACUGUUCUGCC